UGCGUGUUACAAUCGGGCAUGAACUACUGAUUACAUUUGACCUUGAAUACUUACUUUUGUUAUUCAUCUCUUCAUAAAGGAUAAUUUGAGUUUGUUGUAGAUAGAUUACAUCAUCCAGUUGACAGAUUUCUGUUGCUAUAAACGAUAGCUGCUCUCCGAAAAAAAGAGUUUGUUUUUAACAAAAUAUCGCUCUUAUUUAUUAAAAUAUGUUGGAGUUUAGCGUGUAUACGUGGUUAAUUAUUAUAUUCACUUUGGUUAUAGUUGGUAUUACUGGUUUUUUGUGGUACAUCAGAAGAAAUGAUGAUUACUGGAAAAUAAGAGGAGUAAAAUAUCAGCCUCGUCAAAGUUUGUUUACCAUCAUUAAAGAACUUUCUGCUUCGACUUUACCCGAACUAAUAAAGAAAGGCUACGCUGAAUAUGGACGAGUUUAUGGGAUUUUUUCGUUUUCGCAACCGGCCAUUACGAUUGCCGAUCCAAAACUUUUGAGAGAUAUAUUUGUGAAGGAUUUCAAUUACUUCAGCCACAGGCAGGAUCAACUUUUUAACGAUAAAAUUCUGGACAACAUGGUCUCCGUUCUGAAAGGAGAAGAUUGGAAAAGAGUUAGAACUAUCAUAUCUCCUGCAUUUACUUCAAAACAGAUGAGAAAGAUGGAGAAUAUCAUCAACGGUUGUGCCAAAACUGUGCUAAAGACGUUUGAUAAACAUUACCGAAAUGGAGAACCGAUUGACUGCAAGGC